AUGUCGUAUGAUUAUGAAUAUGAUGAGUCUGGGCUUGCAUCGAGCUACCUGAUGCUUUCUGCUCUUGCACCAGUUGCGCUGUUCUUCAGCUUUAGACUGGUUGGUAGGAAGAAGGUAAAGAGGGUGUGGUGCAGAUGUGCAGGAUGCCGAGAGAAGGUGGAGAAUAGGAAUGGGCUGAGGAAGGUGGUUGCGGUAGUGCUUUGGAUAGCGGUGGCGUAUCUUGUGAGGAAUGUGAAGACGCUGAGGAUGGAGUACAAGAAGGGAUUUAAUCCAUUGGAUGUGCUGGGGAUAACGGAGGAAGCAAGUGCUGGGGAGAUUAAGAAGAGGCUGCGAGUGCUUUUGGUGAAGUACAACCCGGGAAAGGUAGUGGGGGAGAUGAAGAAGGAGUAUGAGGAGAAGAUGAAGAAUGUGAACCGGGCAUAUGGGCUUGUGAUGAACAAGAAGAAGUAUGAGGCAUGGCUGAACAAUGAUUCGAAGAUAGGGGAGAUUGUAGCGAUUCCUGGGAUUGUAGUUAGGAACGGAGUGUAUGCUUUUGUGCUGUAUUGCAUAGCACUCGGGGUGUUUGUUCCGAGAUGGGCAUACAGAAAGUGGAGGGAGAUGCGGGAUAUGAAUAGGCUUGGGGUGAGUUUUGUGACGAUGGAGAAGUUUUUUGAAAGGAUUGAUGAGAAGAUGAACGAAAUGAAGGGACUUGAGGGAAUUUAUGCGCUGAUUUGGGCAAUGGGCGAGUCUGAAGAGUUUGCAAUGCAUGAAUGGAAGAGUGAGGUGAGUGGGCUGAAGGUACGGAUUGAGAAUGAGUAUGGCCUUCCGAUGAAGGAGACGAUGGAUGAUAGCAAAGGAUGUAUUGUGCUGAUUGACCACUUAUUUAGGACUGGGAUGGCAAGGAAAGAGGAGGCUGAGUAUGUGCAGAGAGCAUCGCUGAGGCUGAUAGAGGGGAUGAGAGUGAUUGCGCUUGCAAAGCGAUAUGGUAAUUUGAUGAAGAAUCUCGUUGUUUUAGAGGGGAUGGUGGUGCAAGCGGUGUUUGAUCCGAGGUUUUGCCUGCUGCAGAUACCGUUUGUGAGGUUUGAGCCAUUAUUUAUUUGGGAGAAGCGAGGCAAGGAGAAGAGAAGGGGCGAGGAAUAUUUACGAAUGCAUUUAUCUGGGGAGCACUAUGAUUCUGCAAUGAUGGUGAGCAGGGAGAUUCCAAGUGUUGAGGUGAGCGAGUUUAGUGCGUCUGUGAUCAAUACUGGGAAUGAUGGAGAUGGAGAGGAUGUUGCGCUUGAGGAUUCUGACGACGUUAUUAUGCGUAGGGAGAUUGAAGAGGAAGGAGUGAAGAGCAUGAAGAGGGACCAGAAUGUUUAUGUGGUGAGCAAUGGGUCUGUGGUGACGGUGAUGGUGAAACUCAGUAAGGUCUCGAGUUUCCGGGGAGGAUCUGAUGGAAGGAGGAUGGUUGUGCAUGCGCCAUUUAUAAAAGAGCAGCUGUUUUGUAGGUGGGCCGUGAUGCUGACGAUUGAUGGCCGGGUGUAUGGGAAGAUGGAGGUGGUUGAUGAUUUUGAAGGCAGCCGGAGGGUGAAGUUUAGGAUUGGGACGGAAGAUCUGCGAAGGGUGAAUGAGUGCAAGGUGUUUGUUGGGUGUGGAGAGUAUCUGGAUAGAAAUGUGGAGAAGAGUAUUGUAAUCAAGGUUGAAUAA